ACACGGAAGUGGGUUGCUCCGCUUCCGACCAGCGUGUAGAAGUUGUUGUUUCUUUGCUCCAGAGUGCUGAACAGGAGGAUAAGUGAUGUUUUACUGCAGCAGCGGCGGCUCGGAGCCGCUCAGUGGGUCUAAAACUGAUAUUGUGAGAGGAAUCAUCACCGAGAAGCUGACCACGGCCGCGCGGGAGAUCUUCGCGGUGGUGGAGAGGAUCGUAACCGACUACGAGGCGGAGGCUUCGGGCUUCAGGCAGCAGGUGGACCGCCAGAGGAGGCACCUGGAGCUCCUGCAGCCUCGGGUCAAACUCCUCAGAGAAGAGCUGGUCCCAGAUCAGCGCAGCCAUGAGGUGGUGGCUGCUGGUGAGGAAGAGGAGCAGCCAGAUAAGGAGGAAGCAGCAGAGAGCCAGGACCUGCCGCCUGUGACCACCAAGGAGGAAGAAGAGGAGGGGAAACCACCUCCAGGAAACCAUGGACCAUUCCAGGAGGACCUGAAAGACCCAGAGACAACAAUGCUAUCAGGAGUUCCUUCUGUGGGUAACAGACCCGAUGGUCCUGGGACCAGCGCACUACAGAAACACGUAGUUCUGAGGGUCCGGUUACUGGAGGACUCUGAGACUGAGGUUCUCUCUGACACCGUGUUUACGACAACUCCAGUCCAGGACCUGAAGUGUCCUUGUGGUCUACAGGAGUCUGACUUCCUGGACCACCUGAGGUCCUCCUUCCCUCAGCUGGCUAACGGAGAACCUUUUGACAUCUUCAAAACCAAUCGCAACAGGAAGCUUCUUCCUCUGAGAGUAAAAGCUCUGACUCCAGAGGAGAUCUACUCCACCGUAGAAUCCACCGGAUACUCCACCCUCUACAUUCGCCUGAAGGCUGGAAAAGAUAAAACAAGGCACAACAAAGAAGAAUUUACUGGUCCUCAUAGAACCACUGACCCUCCAUCUUCUGACCCAGUGACCACCGAUGGAACGGGUCUCAGAUCCAGACUCUCUGUCAGGAAGAAGGUAUAUAGACGACGGAACAUCAAGAAGCUGAAGCAUCUAGACUUCAGGAUGCUGCUACCGGAGGACUCCAACAUGGAGGUGCUCUCUACCCUUGAGCUGGUCCCAGAUCAGCGCAGCCAUGAGGUGGUGGCUGCUGGUGAGGAAGAGGAGCAGCCAGAUAAGGAGGAAGCAGCAGAGAGCCUGGACCUGCCACCUGUGACCACCAAGGAGGAAGAAGAGGAGGGGAAACCACCUCCAGGAAACCAUGGACCAUUCCAGGUGGACCUGAAAGACCCAGGGACAACAAUGCUAUCAGGAGUUCCUUCUGUGGGUAACAGACCCGAUGGUCCUGGGACCAGCGCUCUACAGAAACACGUAGUUCUGAGGGUCCGGUUACUGGAGGACUCUGAGACUGAGGUUCUCUCUGACACCGUGUUUACGACAACUCCAGUCCAGGACCUGAAGUGUCCUUGUGGUCUACAGGAGUCUGACUUCCUGGACCACCUGAGGUCCUCCUUCCCUCAGCUGGCUAACGGAGAACCUUUUGACAUCUUCAAAACCAAUCGCAACAGGAAGCUUCUUCCUCUGAGAGUAAAAGCUCUGACUCCAGAGGAGAUCUACUCCACCGUAGAAUCCACCGGAUACUCCACCCUCUACAUUCGCCUGAAGGUUGUUGGACUCAUCCUUAAUUUCUCAUUCACACACCAGAAAAUCAGAAUCAACUUUGUCAUUGUCCUGGAGCGUAUGACACAUGACAUGUACAACAAAGAAGGAGACAGGCAGCCAAGAGCGGCCAUUUUCAGUUAGAAAAGGGUUACAUGAGGAUGGGGGGGGCGUUACAGAGUUACCCCCAACAGGUAGUAGCGCCCCCCGUUGAGUUGUUCCACGGUCAAAUGUUUCUGCAUGUGGGCAAACAGACCUGUUCACAAGUCACACUUUACCAUGUCAGGUGUAAAGGAUGGGUAGUUUACAUCUUACUUAUGGACCAUAAAAUGUGAGAUUCCAUAGAAAUAUGAAACAUCAAUCUGAUGGAUCUUUAAAUAUUACAACCAGAAGAUCAGAACUUUUUAUUGCAGGGAUUAAGCGACACUUUGUAUUAACUCCGAGGAAAGAGAGAGAGUCAGGUUUAUAAUAGUUAUGAAAUUUAUUUCUACACAAUUUAAACAAGACUACUUUAACACUCUGUGUACUGACGGACUAGGAUGGAGUGAGACAUGAGAGGAUGUGUGUGUUUGCAAUGUGGUCAUCAGAACCUUAGGAUCCGGAGAAGCAUUUAGUUCUGAGUGGGAGUGAAUGUUUCGCUCUAAACUUUAGUAGGAGAUUUAUAACGCACAUGAAAUGCCAUCUGUCGGUCUACGUACCCCAGGGGAAGCCUCCGUUUAGAUCCAGAAUAUCGAGGUCCUCUUGGACCCUCUUUGGUACCGAAGCCGGUAGAAAAGUAGCGGUGCCGACCA